AUGUCGCCCGGAUUUCAGCCAUCUACUGAGAUACGAAAAGGAGGUCGUUCACCCUACUAUAAAUUAGCAACACUAUCAUGCAAUUCCUCUGCACUCUUAGUAAAUCAGGAUAUAUACAAUGGAAAAAACGUCAAUGAAAUUGAGUUUCUUGGUAUGUUGUGGAGGAUGCCAGGAGCAGAAGCAAGGGCACCAACUCGCUGUCCUGAAAUGAUUGACUGCAGCAAGAUCGAUGCAGCUCAGCUUUUGUCCUCCCUUAAAUGCAGACAUGAAUACUCUAUAAUGAAAUGGGAAAUGGAAAAUGACACCAGAUCUGUGAAACCAAACAAUUAA